CAGUAGAGAAAUCCCAAAAAUAUAAGGGAGAGUGCCUGAUAGUUGAUACAGCUUCGAACGUACCGGUAAUCGACCUUCCUUCCCUUUCAAUCCUUCAGUUUGGAAAGACAUGGAGUUGGCUCGUGAAGCGCAGUCCUCAAUCCGCAGCCAGAGUCAUAGGACUGAAGGGGGGACAUGUUUCCACUGUCAGAAGCAUGGUCAUUGGGCCAGAGAUUGUCCCUACAAGUCCCCAACGACAAACCCCUUUCCAUCGACUCCCCCGAUUUCCCCGACAUUCAAUGCCGCUGCGGUGCUGGGACUUGCGUCAUUCGCAUCUCCAGGACCCCGAGGAACCCAGGCAGGAAGUUCUAUGCCUGCCCCGCCAAAAUGAUGGGUGGAGAUUGCAAUUUCUUUAAGUGGUGUGACACGGUCACGGACCAUGAAAUCAGCAAGUCUCCUCAGUCCCCUCCGCCUCCGUCAUCUAUACCCAUGUGUCCUUGCGGUGCUGGCAUUUGCAGAAUUUCUAUGGAAAAAUUUGGGCCAAACGCGGGUCGAAGAUCUUUCAUUUGCCCUGUGAAAAAGGGACAGGGAGCUUGUAAUUUCUUUCAGUGGGAGGAUGCUCAGGUAAAUUCCAAGGUCAAUGAUGUAGAUGAAACGAAACAGUGUAGCACUCAUCAGUCUGCAGGGAUCAGCCAACAGGACACUGAAACUGGAAAGAGUUGCUCACUCAAGGAGGGGGCUUUGAGUUUUCAGCAUCUGGAGAGGGUGGAGAAUUCACCAGUGAAGGAAAAUUCUUGUCCCUCAAACCCUGAGGCUGUAUUAGGACUGUCAGAGGAACGCAAUAUGUUGCUGAUAGAGAACAGGGGACAUGAUGAAAUCUCCAAAUUUCAUUCUCUGAAGCUUCAUAAUGCAGCUGAUGUUACUUCAUUAGAAGAUCUUGUUCAUGAAAUUUCACACCUUAAUGUCUUGGGUUGGUUGGGCCGACUUGCAUUUCCUCCUCCUCGAUGUUUAACAGUUCCCCCACCUAAGCCUCUCUUUUGCUGUGUUUUCCCUUCGUACGAUCCCAUCUUCGUUCCUACGGAUGUUGAGUGUGAUGUUGAAUGUUUAAGUAACUUAUCACAAAGUCCUUCAGAUCUGUUGCGGCUUACUCAUGGUCAGGAUGCUCAGACAUUAGAUGUUCUUUUGGAACCAUCUGGCCUCACAAACCCUCCCAACAUUUUAGGAGGCAAUGCUGUUAUAUCUGGGUCAAUCUGGGCAGCUUUUCGGCAGGCAGCAUUGCAUGUCCAAAAUGAGCUUCUCACUCUUCUGGAGUUGAUGGAUCCACAGGAUCAUGAGUCCAUGGUACGAGAAGCAAACUCUGCUUUUGCUGGGUUGGAUCGUUUGGGGAUUAACUAUAGACCCUUCUAUGAACGGGUCAAGAAAUUCAUUGGUUGUGCAUCAACAUUGGCCCAAAUUGAAUCAACCAUCCGCAAUGACCUUGCUUCUCAAGAGCUGAUGAACUCCUACCGUAGCAAGAUGUCCCAUUAUGAAAAUAUCUCUCGUGUCCAUAGCAAGGCAAUGGGCGCUUUUACAUCCUCAGACGACCGCCUUCAUUUCCUCCAGAAAGAAGCCAUCAGAGUCAGGGAGAUGCUCCUCCAAAUUGAGACACAGCUAUCCUGCUGUGAGGUGGAGACUGCAGUUCUGGAGAUCCAUCUACUGCAAAUCUCUCAAGAUAUGUUAGAGACUAAGCAGAAUUUGGAGGGUGUGUACAAGGCCGCAGGCCAAACCAUCCAACUUCAACAGCAGAGAGAAGCUGAACGAAGUGCAGCAAAAGAAGCAAUGGAGAGAGCUAGAGUCGAGCUUCGACAAUGAUGUGUAUUUUAUGUAAAAAGUAGGAGUCGAGCUACAACAAUGUUGUCAGAAUUGCGAGUACUCCUUAAUUAUGUAAAUUAUUAGCUUUGUAUGAUCAUUAGAUGUAUGUUGUUUCUCCUCA